AUUGUGUUCUUUACCAAUCAGAGGGGCAUCAGCCGGGGCAAGCUCCAAGCUAAGGAUUUCCAGGCCAAGGUGGAGGCAAUAGUUAGUAAACUGGGCAUCCCAGUGCAGGUCUACGUGUCAACUGGAUUGGGAUUCUAUCGCAAGCCGAUGCUGGGAAUGUUGGAUCACCUCAGGGAACAGGGAAACAGUGGUGUGAAGAUUGAUUUGGAUUCCUGUCUGUACGUGGGAGAUGCUGCUGGACGUCCUGCCAACUGGGCUUCCGAUCGAAAGAAGAAGGAUUUCUCCUGCAGUGACCGACUGUUUGCCCUCAAUGCUGGAAUACCGUUUUACACCCCUGAGGAAUUCUUCCUGGGCUGGAAGAAGGCCCCAUUUCACCUCCCGGAAUUUGACCCGCGGAACCUCGAUCUCAGCAUCCCACAGCACGAGCCUCCUUCUGCGCCUCUUACUUCGCCCAGUUCUGAGGUGGUGGUGGCCGUCGGAUUUCCUGGAUCCGGAAAAUCCACCUUUAUUCGGGAUUUCUUGGUCCCAAAGGGAUACGUCUGCGCCAAUCGGGACACACUGGGAUCCUGGCAGAAGUGUGUGGCAAUGUGUGAGCGGGCUCUGGCUGAAGGAAAGCGGGUGGUUAUUGAUAACACAAACCCAGACGUGGAGUCGCGGAGCAG